AAACAACUGCUGCCCUUGACUAAAAAAAAUACGCCUAUCAUAAAUUUUUUUAAAAUGUCCAAUAAGUAUCCUGAUAGUGCGGGACAAGAAAAUAUACAUUUAUCAAACACGGGACCUUGGUCGUCAAUCACGUCGCCCACAAAGAGAUCAACAAAUGAGGAAGGACAAGAACCACCAGUGGAUACUAAAAAAUCCCGUUCAGAUGUCGUCACCACUUCCGGAAGAGUUCCUCUUGAAGCAGUUCAACGAACAUACGGCCCACUUUCUCGAAGUUUUUAUAAAAGAGCUGAUGGUCGUUCUUGGGACGAAGUACUCAAUCAUGUUAGAAAUACUACCGAUGUAGGAAAAAAUGUACAACAAGAAAGUAAUACCGAAAAGUUGGAGGACACUCAGGUCGAGAAAAAUGAUGAAGAAGAAGAUAACGGCGAGGAAGAUGAUGACGAGGAAGAGAAGGUCGAGAAAGAUGAUGAAGAAGAAGAUAACGGCGAGGAAGAUGAUGACGAGGAAGAAAAGGUCGAGAAAGAUGAUGACUUAUGGGAGGACGAUAAUGAUUCUGAUGGUGAAAACCCAACUUUGAUUGAUGUGGACGAUGUCGUUGAAAAUGAGAUAAGUCUUGAAGACUGGAAGAUAGAGGCAGCAACGAGAGUCAUAAACAAUUUUAAGGCGAAAUUAAGCAAUCGGAAAGCUUCCACAAAGAAGAGCGUUUCACAUAACGUUCUUGUUAAGGAGUUGGAUAAGAUUCUUGGAAUAUUUCAAGCCUUAGAGGUCGAAAAAAAGAAAAAAUUGAGUGACUACAUCAGACACCUCCCCCAACCCAAGAAUAAGGAAUUCGACGCCGCAAUGGUCCAAAUUAAACUUCGUUCUAAACAGCAUAAGCACAAGCGCAUUUCUAUAAAAUGCCCGAAAAAGGAUUGUACGAGCAAAUGUUCAACGGUCGAUACUGCCAAAGAACAUUAUAUGCAGAUCCAUCUGAAAUGGGAACUUUGGGAGUGCGUUAAAUGCUCUAGGAAAUUCAAAAGUAGACAAUCCAUAGUUAAGCACGUCAACUCUAUUCACCUUGAAAAGAAAACCCCUUGUUCGUCAUGUGGGGUGUUAUUGGGGCCAACAGGAAUACAUGACCAUGAAAUCUGGGAACAUUAUACUCCCAUUGGACAACAAGUAUUAUUUUCACCUGUUCUUGGGAAAAUUGAAUCCCGACUUUUCGAGAUAGAUUAUAUCACAAUUGGAUUCGGAUACACAUGGAAUCUCUUCAAGGUUAAUUGGAUAGACGAUGAUGGUAAUCCGGUAAACUUAUCGGUUGGAAUAUCAAGAUUUGUUAGGGUGGACAUAAUUCUACAUAAAAUGUGGAAAAGCUUGCUACGCAUAAUGUCAGACCCUCACUGUGACGGAACAUGGGUUCACGCAUGUGGGAGCGCUCGUAAUGAAAUUAGGAAGGGUCAUAUGCUAGACUGGGCAAGUGCAAAAUCUCUCGGAAUACCUGCAGUUUCAAAGGGAGUUGCUACUCAAGUCAAAGCAGUUGCACGGAAACAUUAUGACGCUAUAUAUAUUUUAGCAACGGAAGAAGCAGAAAUUUAUCUCACUGAUAAAAUACCGAGAAUCAUCGAGCAAUUGGAUUCUUUCCUCGAAGAACUUCCCCCCCAUAAUAAACAAUUUGUUUUAAGCAAUAGAUCAUAAAUUUAGAUUUUAAUUUAUCAGUCAUAGUACUAAAAACAAUGAAUUAAUUUAUACAUGUCACCUGUUUAUAAAUCAUUUGCUUUUCAAACAAUUCUUCACUAGGAGGCCCCGUGGGGCGGUCGAAUUCUUCCCCCAUUUUUGUGCUUUCUCCACAAACAACUAAACUACGACAACUAUCGCAAAACUAAAGAAAGUUGUGAAAGCACCCAAAAUGUAAAAAUAUUUUAAAGCUAAUAUCACAAAUCACAGAUCCUCUAUCAAUUGGUUUCGAAUUGUUUCGAUCGAAAAUCGUUAACACAAGAGUUUCGUAAUUCGGUAAAAAAAAUUGAGAUGCUAGACGUUGACCACCAAAGAAUAAAAUCUGCAAGGAAUUAUCGGUCGGUGGGAGAUGUGCAAAGACUCUCACACAACCAUGGAGUAGCCGACA